GCGCGAAAGAUUACGACACGCUACCAAUUACCAAACCCCCAAACACUUUCCCCCCUCAAAGCCAAACAAUGAUUGAGGCAGCCAUGGCCGGCGGCGCCAUGCCGCUGGUCGUGCUGCUCCUUGCCACCAUCCCGCUCCUGUUCUUCACCAUCAAGCGCUCGGCGCAGCGUCGUGGCGGCGGCGGCGGCGGCGAGGGGAGGCUCCCGCCGGGGCCGUGGGCGCUGCCUGUCAUCGGCCACCUGCACCACCUCGCCGGCGACCUCCCGCACCGCGCCCUGAGCGCCCUGGCGCGGCGCCACGGCGCGCUCAUGCUGCUCCGCCUCGGCGAGGUCCAGGCCGUGGUCGCCUCCUCCCCGGACGCCGCCCGCGAUAUCAUGAGGACCCACGACGCCGCGUUCGCGUCGCGGCCGCUGAGCCCGAUGCAGCAGCUCGCGUACGGCCGGGACGCCGAGGGCGUCAUCUUCGCGCCCUACGGCGACGGGUGGCGCCACCUCCGCAAGAUCUGCACCGCCGAGCUCCUCAGCGCCCGCCGCGUCCAGUCCUUCCGCCCCGUCCGCGAGGCCGAGCUCGGCCGCCUCCUCCGCUCCGUGGCCGAAGCCACCUCGUCUUCCUCCUCCGCCUCGCUGGUCAACCUCACCGAGCUGAUCUCCGCCUUCGUCGCCGACUCCACGGUGCGCGCCAUCAUCGGCAGCCGGUUCGAGCACCGCGACGCAUACCUGCGGAUGCUCCAGGACGGGCUCAAGAUCGUCCCCGGGAUGACGCUGCCGGACCUCUUCCCGUCCUCCCGCCUCGCGCUGUUCCUCAGCCGCGUUCCCGGCCGGAUCGAGCACCACCGCCAAGGGAUGCAACGGUUCAUCGACGCCAUCAUCGUCGAGCACCAGGAGAAGCGCGCCGCCGCCGCCGCCAACGACGACGACGACGAAGACGAAGACUUCCUCGACGUGCUCUUGAAGCUCCAAAAGGAGAUGGGCUCCCAACACCCGCUCACCACGGCUAACAUCAAAACCGUCAUGCUGGACAUGUUCGGCGCCGGCAGCGAGUCGUCGGCGACGGUGCUGCAGUGGACGAUGGCGGAGCUGAUGCGAAACCCAAGGGUCAUGCAGAAGGCACAAGAUGAGGUCCGGCGAGCACUCGCCGGGCAUGACAAGGUGACAGAGCCAAACUUGACCAACCUACCCUACCUACGACUAGUCAUCAAGGAGACACUCCGGCUACACCCACCCGCGCCAUUGCUACUGCCACGCAAAUGCGGAAGCACGUGCAAGAUACUUGGAUUUGACGUACCUGAGGGGGUCAUGGUGAUCGUGAACGCGUGGGCGAUUGGUAGGGACCUGACGUAUUGGGAUAAGCCUGAGGAGUUCGUGCCUGAGAGGUUUGAACACAACGGGAGGGAUUUCAAGGGAAUGGACUUCGAGUUCAUACCGUUUGGAGCUGGACGAAGGAUAUGCCCUGGCAUCACAUUCGGGAUGGCGCAUGUUGAGCUUGUUCUCUCUGCACUUCUGUACCACUUUGACUGGGAGCUUCCACAAGGGAUGGCGGCAAAGGAUCUAGACAUGACAGAGGAUUUUGGAGUCACAACACAACGGCGGUCUAACCUCUUGGUGCGUCCAAUCCAUCGUGUAUCGGUUCCAGUAGAGUAAACAUACUUGUAAGAUAUAUUUAUAAUAAAUGUAAUUGCCAAUGUACGUAUAUUAGUUUCAGUUUAAUUUUGUUUUUUUAUAAUUGGUAAAAGUCGAGUUUGACAUUAUAUGUUUGUGGAGUGAUAUAUAUAUCAUAUUAAUUUAUUUUUAUUUUUUUUA